AUGGCUGCGCAGUCGAAACUGCUCCCGCCCGAGCGCUCCAUUCGGCAUAUGCUCUCCAGUCUAACUUCAUUAUACCUCCGCCACCGCACGAAGAUCUCUCGCACCGUCUAUCUCGCCUUUUUUGCUGCCCUAGCCAAGCGCAUCCAUAAUGCCAUCUCCGAGCAGAAGGCCGCGUCCCAGCACCAGGUGGAGCUGCGGAGACGGCCUGGGACCAGCAGUCUGGGUGAAGACGGCGACCGGCCGCGUAAAAAAGUCGGCGUCAACCGGGAAUUUUUCAGGAACCUCUUGCGUCUACUGAAAAUCGUGAUACCCGGUUGGAAUAGCAAGGAGUUGCGGUUGUUGUUCGGCCACAGCGUGUUCUUGGUGCUUCGUACAUUGCUCAGUCUGUACGUCGCCGAACUCGACGGGAGGCUCGUCAGUAACCUGGUACGAGGGAGGGGGAAGGAUUUCCUCCUCGGCCUUGUCUGGUGGAUGAUCGUUGCGGUGCCUGCCACAUUUACAAACUCCAUGCUCUCGUAUCACCAGUGCAGACUCGCCCUCAGCUACCGGAAACGCCUAACAGACCAUAUACACGAGAAAUAUCUGAAUAACAUGACGUUCUACGCCAUCUCGGCGUUGGACGACCGCAUCAAGAACCCCGACCAGCUGAUCACCGUCGACGUCUCUCGAUUCUCGGACAGUCUGGCAGAGUUGUAUUCCAACCUCGCCAAGCCUGUCCUGGACAUGGCGAUUUACAACUAUUCGCUCUCGAAGAACGUGGGCGGUGAGGGCCUCUUCAUUAUGAGUCUGCUGGUGCAGCUGUCCGCGAAUGUCAUGCGGGCGCUGACGCCGCCUUUUGGCAAAUAUGUCGCGGAUGAAGCCCGCCUGGAAGGCGAGUUCCGCUUCCUCCACUCGCGGCUCAUUGACUACAGCGAAGAAAUCGCUCUUUACCACGGCCACGAGGCCGAAAAGGACACCCUGGACAAGGGGUACUUCACACUGAUCAAACACGUCAACCGCAUCUUGCGGAGACGGCUGUACCAUGGUUUCAUGGAGGACUUCGUCAUCAAGUACUUCUGGGGUGCUCUGGGCCUUAUCCUCUGUAGUAUCCCCGUCUUCUUCCGCAUCCCCGGACAAAUCACCCAGACGAUGGGUGAUCGCACCGAAAGCUUCGUCACCAACCGUCGCAUGCUACUCUCCUCAUCGGACGCCUUCGGUCGCCUGAUGUUCUCGUACAAGGAGAUCUCUGAGCUGGCCGGGCACACGGCGCGGGUGUCGUCGCUGCUGGAGGUGAUGGACGACCUGCUGGCGGGACGGUUCGAGAAGAAGCUGGUGUCGUCGGCGUCGAUCGAGGAGAACGCGACGGUGCUCUCGGGCCGGGGCGUGAUCGAGGAGAGCGAGUCGAUCGAGUUUACGGACGUGCCGAUCGUCUCGCCUAAUGGCGACGUGCUCGUGCGCAAGCUGUCCUUCACCGUGCACCCGGGCGACCACCUACUGAUCGUCGGCCCCAACGGGUGUGGGAAGUCGUCGCUCUUCCGCAUCCUCGGCGGCCUGUGGCCCGUGUACGGCGGCGUCGUGCGCAAGCCCCGCUUCGACGAGAUCUUCUACAUCCCACAGCGGCCGUACCUGUCGCGCGGCACGCUGCGCCAGCAGGUCAUCUACCCGGACGGCGUGCGCGAGAUGCGCGCCAAGGGCGUCACCGACGACGAUCUGUACGAGAUCCUCGCCAUCGUCGAGAUCGCCUCCGUCGUCGACCGCCCCGGCGGCUGGGACGCCGAGGAGGAGUGGCGCGAUGUGCUCUCCGGCGGCCUGCAGCAGCGCAUCGCCAUGGCCCGCCUCUUCUACCACCGCCCCAAGUACGCCAUCCUCGACGAGUGCACCUCGUCCGUUACUCUGGAGAUUGAGCGCGUCAUGUACGAGACCGCUAAGAAGCUGGGCACGACUCUGAUGACCGUCUCGCACCGCCGCAGUCUCUGGCAGUAUCAUAAGAAGAUCCUGCAGUUUGAUGGCCAGGGGCAUUAUAUCUUUACCAACCUGGACUGGGAGCGACGCUUGAAGCUGGAAGAUGAGAAAGAAGAGCUGGAUCUCCAUCUCCGUGCGGUGCCCGAGCUGCAGCGGCGGGUGGAAGAGCUAAGCGCGUCGUGA